AUGCUUUGGUUUUUCUGGCUUUUGAUAUACUCAGAAAAUGACGCACCCUUCUUUCCACAAGCUUCUUCUACCCUCCACUCUCCAACCCAACCAACUGGUACCUUAAUUUUCCCUCAUUCUUCCACUUUUUUUUGUGGAUUUUUUGUUUUACUUUUUGGAGUUGGUAUUGUUAUUUUUAUGGUGUUUGAGGAAUUUGAGAGAGUGAGAAAAGCAAGCUGGUUGAGUGAUAGUGAAGAAAAAUCAGAAAAUUUCUUUUGGGGACAAGGUCUUGAUAUUUUAGAAGACACAGUUCUUUGUAUUAUUGACUCACUCGAAAUUAGUAACAUCAUUGUAUUACAAAAAUUACCAAUAUUCGGAUAUGAAUUGCAGAGGCUUCCAGAUGAUUUUAUGAGGACAUAUGGGGGUCAACUUUCUCCAAUUGUUACCCUCUCUGUUCCUGAUGGUAGUGUCUGGCGUGUAGGAUUGAAAAAGGCAGAUAACAAGUAUUGGUUCCUUGAUGGUUGGCAAGAGUUUGUUCAACACUAUUCCAUUGGCGUUGGAUACUUGUUGGCUUUCAGAUACGAAGGAAAGUCAUCUUUCAAUGUUCAUAUUUUUAAUUUGGCAACUUCUGAGAUAAACUAUCAAUCAGCCAUGCGAUGCAGUAACGAAGGGCCUCACUUUGCAAAUCUUCUUAAAUUUUUUGAAGAAAUGGAUGAUGGAGAUUCCAUUGAAAUCCUGGAUUCAUCACCCUCCCACCUUGCUCCCAGUUCAUUGAAAAAUAAAGUUCAUGCAGGAUCAGUAGAUAAAAUGUCUUCUGGAAAGAGUUACACACCUCCAGCAUUGCAGAAUUUGUUCAAUGGAUCUAAAUUAAAUAGCAUAAACUGGGGAGAGGGUGGUAAUGCCCAUUGUUCAAAAAGUGCCAAUUCACUAGAUAAUCGAUUGACCAGAGACAUAGGAGUUCAAUUUAAUGCAGUAGAGUUUAAAAGAUCAACUGAAGAAUUGAAAUUACGUGCUUCCAUGGAGGAAAGGAUGAAAAAAAUUGCAAGAAAGAAGCGGAAAUCAGGUCUUAUAGUAGUCUCUUUAACUAAUUUUUCUUUCUAUGAUCUGGUUAUCUACAAAUUGUACUUUAAGAUCAAUACAAUUUGUGGAAGUGCAGAUGGCCAGGAACCCUCUGCUGAGCACGAAGAGGAAGUCGAAAUGCGCUUUAGAUUUUAUGAAAGUGCUUCUGCAAGAAAAAGAACCGUGACAGCAGAAGAAAGAGAGAGGGCCAUCACUGCAGCCAAAGCAUUUGAACCACCUAAUCCUUUCUGUAGGGUUGUUCUGCGGCCCUCAUACCUAUAUAGGGGAUGCAUAAUGUAUCUGCCAUCAUGCUUUGCAGAAAAACACUUGAAUGGAGUUUCAGGGUUUAUCAAACUUCAGAUCUCUAAUGGGAGACAGUGGCCGGUUCGGUGCCUUUAUAGGGGAGGUAGAGCCAAGUUAAGCCAAGGGUGGUUUGAAUUUUCACUAGAGAACAAUUUAGGGGAAGGUGAUGUAUGUGUUUUUGAGCUUCUUAGAAUGAAAGAAGUGGUGCUGCAAGUUACUGUGUUUCGCAUUAAUGAGGAUGAUGUGGGAUUGCUGAGUCCUCCUCCAUUGCAGCAGAAUCAAACCAUGAGCUCAGUUAAACUGCUGAACACUCCCUUGCAGCAGCAACACCACCUUACUUCAACUAAAAUGGUUGUGCAGGGAGCAAAACAAUUUCAUUGUUUUGAAUAUGAAAAUGCUAAAUUUCCAGAAAUUUUGGAUAGCUCGAUGACUGGUGCAGAGAAAUACCCUGACUUCUUCAAAGUCUUCCUUCGAGAUCAACACCACGAAAGAAUGCUUAUUCCAAAUGCUUUUGUGAAGUUGCCAGGGUUACUGGGAAGGAUCCCUGAGGAUAUUCUCCUCAGGAAUGGUAGUGGGAGAGUGUGGCAUGUUAAAACACGUUUUUUUGGAGACAAAUUAUAUUUCGAUGAUGGGUGGAAAAUUUUUCAUGAAGAAAACUGCUUAGAAAAUGCAGAUUUUCUAGUAUUUAGAUAUGAUGGGGUUAGUGAGUUCAGGGUCACAAUCCUUGAAAUAUCAACACAGUGUGAGAAAACUCUGGUAAAGAUGGAGGAGGAGGAGAAUGAUGAAGAGCAAGCACCAGCACAAGAAAUUGAGGAGAAAGUGAUAAUAACACAGGAGGAACCAACUGAGGACUGUGACAUGGAGGACGAGGAAGACAGCCAAGAUCAGGACUAUGAUGACGACAAUGACGAUAGUGAUUUUCAUGAUGAUGAUGAUGAUGAGAACACGGAGAUGGAAGAAGAUAGUGAAGAAGAAAACGGUGUGAGUCCUGUGGGAUACACGAGUCAAAGUUAUCGCAAAGCUUGCAGAAGGGACACCGGAUCAAGUUCCUACCUCCGGACUGAAGACCCUCUUAAAGAAGAUGAAUUUGAUCCAGACAUGUGCAUUCAGCCAGAGAAUAAUUUUUUUGAAGCAAAACUCUACAGAAGUAGACCCAACGAAUUGCAUAUUCCAGGAAUUGCCAUUCAAGACUUUUCCCUUACUUUUCCUGAAAAGAUUACCCUUAAAUGUUGUCAACACUGCCAGCGUAAGGACAUUCAAAGAAACAAAUUGCAAAUGUAUCAUCUCAACUUGGCACAACAGGCACCCAUCCGCAAAAGAUAUUUGGAAGUGACAGGAAAAGUGUGUAGGUGGCAAGAUGAUAGAAUAUGUAUCAAGGGUUGGGCAAACUUCAGUAGAAGGAACAAGAUAAAAAAUAAUGAUAUAUGCAUCUGCGAAGUUAUAUCAGAGGAAGACCAAGUAGUAAGAACACUUCUGGUGCACGUUAUUGGUGCUAGGAGGGAAUAA